CUUCUUGUGCAGGGCUCAACCGUUGUAAACGCGUUGCUAUCUACAGCCCUAAGUGCGAUCCUUUCCGCCUGCCGUCCGCUUACCGGGACGGGAGAUCCGGCUCAAGGCCAAGCUCAGAGCUCGCAUGGACCACACAUCCCCGACCUACAUGCUUGCUAACUUAACCCACUUACAUUCUGAACAACUUCUACAGGGCUUGAAUCUUCUUCGUCAACAUCACGAACUCUGUGACAUCAUUCUUCGAGUAGGUGAUGUUAAAAUCCAUGCUCACAAAGUGGUACUUGCCAGCAUCAGCCCAUAUUUCAAAGCUAUGUUUACUGGAAACCUUUCUGAAAAAGAGAACAGUGAGGUUGAGUUUCAAUGCAUUGAUGAAACUGCUCUCCAGGCCAUUGUGGAAUAUGCCUAUACAGGGACUGUUUUUAUUUCACAGGACACAGUUGAAUCUCUCCUUCCAGCAGCAAACCUACUCCAGAUAAAACUUGUCCUGAAAGAAUGUUGUGCAUUUCUUGAAAGCCAACUUGAUCCUGGUAAUUGUAUUGGAAUUUCUCGCUUUGCAGAGACAUAUGGUUGUCAUGACCUUUAUUUGGCAGCCACUAAAUACAUAUGCCAGAAUUUUGAAGCAGUUUGCCAGACUGAAGAGUUUUUUGAGCUUACGCAUGCUGAUUUGGAUGAAAUUGUUUCCAAUGACUGUUUGAAUGUAGCUACUGAAGAGACUGUUUUUUAUGCACUUGAGUCUUGGAUCAAGUAUGACGUCCAAGAACGCCAGAAAUACUUAGCACAGCUACUUAACAGUGUACGAUUACCAUUGCUGAGUGUUAAGUUUCUCACUAGAUUAUAUGAAGCAAAUCAUCUUAUUCGUGACGAUCGCACUUGUAAACAUCUUUUGAAUGAAGCUCUGAAGUACCACUUUAUGCCUGAACACAGACUGUCUCAUCAGACAGUCUUGAUGACACGACCUCGCUGUGCUCCCAAAGUACUUUGUGCAGUAGGAGGAAAAUCUGGACUGUUUGCCUGUUUGGAUAGUGUGGAGAUGUACUUUCCUCAGAAUGACUCUUGGAUUGGUUUGGCACCCCUAAACAUUCCUCGCUAUGAAUUUGGAAUAUGCGUUUUAGACCAAAAAGUGUAUGUUAUAGGUGGUAUUGAAACUAACGUGCGUCCUGGCAUCACUAUCAGAAAACAUGAAAAUUCAGUCGAAUGCUGGAAUCCUGAUACAAAUACCUGGACUUCUCUUGAGAGAAUGAAUGAGAGCCGAAGUACCCUUGGAGUAGUGGUACUUGCAGGAGAACUUUAUGCUUUAGGUGGUUAUGAUGGACAGUCUUAUUUACAAUCAGUAGAGAAGUAUAUUCCCAAAGUAAGAAAGUGGCAACCUGUGGCACCAAUGACUACAACAAGAAGUUGUUUUGCCGCAGCUGUGUUGGAUGGAAUGAUAUAUGCCAUUGGUGGGUAUGGUCCUGCCCACAUGAACAGUGUGGAGCGUUAUGAUCCAAGUAAGGACUCCUGGGAGAUGGUUGCAUCUAUGGCAGAUAAAAGGAUUCACUUUGGUGUGGGUGUCAUGCUAGGCUUUAUUUUUGUGGUGGGUGGACAUAAUGGUGUUUCACAUUUGUCAAGCAUUGAAAGAUAUGACCCUCAUCAAAAUCAGUGGACUGUGUGUAGACCAAUGAAAGAACCCAGAACAGGAGUUGGUGCUGCAGUAAUUGAUAACUACCUUUAUGUAGUGGGUGGUCACUCAGGGUCUUCCUAUCUGAAUACCGUGCAGAAAUAUGACCCUAUCUCAGAUACAUGGCUGGAUUCAGCUGGCAUGAUAUACUGUCGCUGCAAUUUUGGAUUAACUGCACUUUGACAAGUGUGGACUUGUGGAAAUAGCGUAGUGAUGAACCUUGUGCUGCAUGAAAGGAUGCCCAGUUUUCUGAAGCCCAAAAGCUACAUUGCUUCCUUUUUAACUUGAAAUGGCAUGAAGACUCAAAGUUUUGUUGGGUACUUUGAACUGACAAGUAGCUUUGGUUGCUCUUGAUUAUACAGUGAAUCGAUAAUCCAAGAAAAAAAAAAAAAGGAACGAUCUUGCCAAUUGAAUUGUGCACUUUUUUUCCCUAAUACUGGGAUAGAAUAGUUUUAUGUUCAUAAGUGUACAUGUGGAGAAAACCUUGCUGCUUUUUAAAAAAAAAUUAGCUUUCUUCCCCCUCCUUGUUCUGCACCGUUUUUUACCGGGAUGAGAGAUACUUAGAUGCUGGAGUAUACUGAGUGACUAGACAGAGUGCUGAUACUAUCUGUUGGAUAUAAAUUCAUAUGCUUCACAUUUUAAACAAAGGGCUGCUUUUUUUUUUUCUGGUACUUUUAAGAGUUGUAAAUUACAUGCCAUACUGAGUCACCUGGAUAUUCUUACUGCUAAAUGGCUUUAGGGCUGGGGAUGUAAUAAGUUUGCAAGAUAAAUGCAUUUACUGUCAUGAUUUCGGGUCCUAUUUUAAGCAAUCAGAUACUUACUGUGUAUGCCUUUUUUAGAUGGGCAGGUUAAUGCUGGAUGAAUUUAGUUACCCAUCUAUGGUAUGCUAAGCAUGGAUAGAAAGAGUUAAGCAUAUCAGUUUCAAUUUUUUUUUAGUAGUCUAGCAGGCUUCCCAGUGUUGAUGUAAAUAUUUGACAAAUGUUUAGUACCACUCUUAGUGCACAUUGAGUUUUUUCAUAUAUGCUUACAAUAAUUUUAGUUUUUUUAAGACUUUUGUUUGCUUUUUCAAAGUAUUCAGAUAUAAAAAUGGUGCUAACUGUAGGAUCUGUAACAAGGCUAUACCAAUGUUCUUUUGGAUGUUAAAUAUGAGAUAUGCAUGACAUGUUUUGAUAGUAUUUUUCAUUUUUACCAGCUUGGUUCAUUUGUGCUUAUUAAAAAUGUUAGUGUUUAUACUAAUAUUUACAUCCAAAAAAACAUUCAGAUGGCCUGUUAUGCUUUUCAUGGUUCCUGAAUAGUGAUUUAAAGAAAGAUACAUUUUAUCUUCUUUCUUCUUGUGCUAGAUGUUAUAUGCCCUUCUUAAAAACAGAAAUAUAUGCAUUAAAUAUAAAGCACUAGGCAGUUAAGCAUUAUUUUGUACAUUUCUUAGGUAACUGAAUAUUUUAAAGUUAUUGAGGAAAACUGGAACUUGAUGUUUACUUGAGUAAUGGUUCUAAAUUCAGUUCCACUUUGACUAAAGAAACGAUCUUUUAAAGCAAAAUUGUUUGCUUUACCCAGGUGACAGCUUAUUUAAAAGAACUGGUUAAUUCAUUUUGUUUUGCAUGUUUUAGUAAAUGUCUCUUAAUCUUGAAUACAUUACUUUGCAUUUUAUUAGGAUGUUGGUACUUGUAUUUUUGGUACUGUAGUCAUUUUGCUUUCCUUCCCUUGAUUUUUUCUUUCUCUUUUCUUUUUUUUUAACUUCCCACUAUCUCUUUAUAGUCUCUACAAAACUAUAUUUGUUUCCUAAGAAAAAGUUCAUAUUGCAUUCUUAAGUGCCAUAAUGUUCAGAACUAUUGUUAAGAAGCCAUUUGUAAUUAUAAAACAUAGGUUCAUUUCUUAGCAUAUAUGUUAUAUCUUGAAAACUAUUUAUAGCCAGGCAAUUUUCAGUUUUCCUUGUUCUUCCAUAAACUGCCAGUUGUAGACUUAAGUAUAUACUGCAAAACUGUGUGAACUCAUCUUUAAUCAUAUAAGUAGUUUCAUGCUUUAUAAAUAUUUGCACAGAUUAUAAAACCUUGCAAGUGAUUUUUAGUCUCUUUCUAAUUAAGAACUCAACAGGAGCUACUAAUAAUAUUGACAGUCUGAAUAUUUUCUAUGUUGCUUGUUUGAAUAACUUAAUGAUAUAUAGCAAUAACUUUAUAAUCGAUUUGAAUAAAUCUGUUGAAUAGAAACAAGGUGCACUAUUGUGAUUGGCCUAGACUUUAUUUAAAGAAAGCAAUUUAAAAUAGAUUCCAUCACAUACUUAAUUUUAAAUCCCCAUCUCAAUUUUCUUUCUGUUUAUAUCAAUCAGAAAGAAUUGUUAUUCUUGAUAACAUUAACAAUGUUAAUUAUUAAAUACAUCCUAUUACACUGUUUUUAAGCCCCUCUCCCCAGAAGAUAAGGGAAUUUGAAAGACUAUAGAAAUUUAUUUUAAUUGUAAACAGAUCUAUACUAUACAUUUUAUUUUCACAAUGUUUUCCUCACAUAUCAUUCCCACUAUCAAAUUAGUAUAAAAUAUAUAAUCAUUUGGUAAAUUAGACCAAAGACAUAAGUUGAUCAUUGUUUUGGAAGAAUCCAAAUUUCAUCUCAGUGAAGACUAAAUAUGAAACAUUUUGGGCAGUAGUAAGAGCAAUAUACUAGAGAACAAAUUAUGAAACCCUGUGAAAGGAAAAGAAAAAAAAACCCCAAAUUUAGAAAUAUUUAUUUUAGGUUUGCUAAACCUACUUAAUUGUGCAUAAGAACCAGAGGUAUUAUGACCUGACAGCUGGUAACUUUACAAUAGAGCCUUCUCAUUCAGCUUGUGAGAAGUUUCAUCAUGAAUACUUUGCUAACAAAUUGUGAAUUUAACACCACAUUUCUAGUGUUAACAAGGUUCGAAAUGUUUGAUUAAUGUUCCCAGGGUUAAAGAUUUUAGAAAUAAUUUUAUAUACUCAGGCAAGGAGGAGAAAGCUAUUUAAGAUUGCCCAGAACUAUUUUGGAAAAAAGUAACAGUGGGAAAUAGAAAUUAAUUUAAUCAUUUAGAAGAUAAUUGCCUUCUAUAAUUAUGUUAUGAAGACCUAAUCUGUUAGAAAUGUUUGGCUAUUUAAUAUUUGUUAAAUAUAGUAAUAGAACUCAAGUGAUUUUUAAUGUAACCCAAAGGAUAGUUAUAUAAAUUCCAUAUAUUAUUGAUAAUACUGUUUUAAACAUGAAUGAAUAUUACAUUUUAGGACGUGGUAUCAAAGUAAUAGGAGAAUGGCAUUAGGUUUUUGUUUUUGUUUUUCGCGGUACGCGGGCCUCUCACUGCUGUGGCCUCUCCCGUUGCGGAGCACAGGCUCCGGACGCGCAGGGGCCCAGCCGCUCCGCUGCACACGGGAUCCUUCCGAACCGGGGCACGAACCCGCGCCCCCCGCAUCGGCAGGCGGACUCCCAACCACUGCACCACCAGGGAAGCCCUGGCAUUAGGUUUUGAAAAAUUAUUUUGAUAACUUGACAAAUAUGGAGGGUCUACUAUAUGGGAUACUGUGCUAGAUGCUAUGGGGGCUAGAAAUAUAAAUAAGAUAUAGUCUUUUCACCCAAAGAGUAAAAUAUAGUAAGGGAGACCUGUACCCAAAUAACUAUUAUGGUAAAGUGUGAAUCUAAUUCCUUAUUUCCGACAUCAUGAAAAGUGAUUGGAGAUCCAAUUUAUGUAUAAACAUUUGUGUCCUCUAGCGUCCAAUUAGGUUUUAUUGACAUGAAAGAGAAUUAUUUAAAAGCUAAUAUUUAUAGAACUCCAACUUUCCUAAAAUUGGAUAAUAUAUUUUCUAGUAGAAAAACAGAAUUAUAGAAACUUAAAAUAAUAUUAUGUUAUCAAGGCUCUGGCUAACAUUGAAGGAAAUAUAUGUAAAUAUAAUGCUGUUUGUUUUCAGUUUUGGUGUUUGAUUUCUGGUAUUGUCACCGAAGUGCUCAUUUUCAGGAAAAUCAGAUUCUACAAUAAAUACACUGCUUAAAGUUCAAUAAACUUGUGAUAACCUCUAUAACCUCUGUAGUUUGAAAGUUAAUAACUUAUAAAGAUGUCACACGUCAAGUUAACAUCCAGUUCUACUUCUUAACCUUUUUUUUUCCUUUGUAAGACAGCACUUUAGUUAGACAUGAUUUAAUUAGAUACAAUUAUUCUGUGGCUGGAUGUUUAUUAGAUUUUCACUUACAGUAUAUUGACUCAGUAUUGAUUCACAUUUGAAGAGUGAGGAAUACAAUAAAUUUUAAAUAUUACAGGUUUACAGGUUUUCUUCCUGGUGUGAAUAUGGAGUCAAAAAUCCAGUUUACAUCUCUGCAGAGAGAAAAAUUGUUAUCCAUAUCUUUUUAUUUUAUACAUAUUUAACUAGAGAUAAUUUAUUGUUAAUUUUGUCAAGUUAUCAUGUGUUAAGUCCCAUUUAUUUUAAAAUCCUAAGCAAAAAGUUCCAAGUUUGCCUUAAAAACGAGUGAAAUUAAAGAACUGGAUGAUAAUGCCUAUAUUUUUGCCUUAUGAAUUGUGCUGUAUCAUAAACCAGAGAUGGUUUUGAUUUUAACAGGAUUUUGAAAUUUUGUAGAUGUAGAGUACUAAUAUCUGUACUCUCUUGCAAAGAAUGUGAUCUAGUUGUGGAUUAUGUUAAUGUUUAAAUGUCUUUGUAUAUGUAUUUUACCUCUGAAUAUGUAUCUUUUUAGCAUCAGGGUUUUAUUUUUGUUUACAUAGUAAAGUGGCAUUUAACUUGUUGAAGGUUGUGUUCUUUUGUCUUUUAUUUUUAAAGUUCUUUGUGUGUACUAUUGUGGUAAUGCUCUGUACUGAGUAUGGUUAAAUUUCAUUUAAUGUGAAAUAUUAAAAAUAAAUUUGAGAAACAA